AUGCGAAAAAAAGCAUCGAACACCACCACUGGGAUGGCUUUGUUUCAAAGCCAUGGGUGGCUGGAGUGCCACUGGCCGCUUCCGGACGGCGCAUUCGAGGCAUCCCUCACCGAGCUUUUCCAGCGCCGCUGCAGGGCGGAACCCAGGGCUACAGCCUUGCGCGUUCCGGGUACUGCCGAGGCAUGGACGCGAAAGGACCUGGCGGCAGCGGCAAGCCGUGCCGCAGUGGCGCUGCAGCGCCACCUUCCCAUCGCAUCGGGUGCAUGUGUGGCGCUUGGUGUUGAUGAAGGUCCGGCGAUGGUCGUCCUGCAACUGGCCGUGAUGGAGGCGAGGCAUUUCUUCUUGCCCUUGGACCUUCGGCAGCCGCCGGGACGCCUGGAGGUGAUGCUGACUUCCGCAGGUGCAGGCUUGCUGCUGGCUUUCGCAGCUUCCCUGGGCUCCAUUUACACGCCACAGGGCUGCCUCCUGGUGAGCGCUGAGGAGGUGCUGGGGGCCGCCCCAGUAUCAGCAAAGACACCGGAGCUCGGCCCUGCUCCCGAUGAUCUUUGCUAUGUGCAGUUCACAUCCGGGAGCACCGGCAAGCCCAAAGGCGUAUUGUGUGAACACCGCCAAGCUGCUUGGUAUGCUCUGUCAAAGGCAGCAGCAGAGGGUGUCGACGAAUCCUCGUGUCUCAUGCUGACGGCAGCCUUCACCUUCGAUCCUUGCCAGGGCGAUAUCUUUUGUGCACUGGUUUCCGGCGCAGUGCUUGCCCUCGUGCCGCGCGUGCGUCUGCUACAGGACUUGACACAGGUCCUCCGGCAAUCGCAGGCCAGCCACUUGUGUGCGACCCCGGCGCUGUGGCGUCUUGUCGACGAUGCCGAACUUCCGCAUCUGCGGUUCCUGGCACUCGGUGGCGAGAAGAUGCCGCCGGCCAUGGUCCGGAAGUGGGCGCCGCUCCUGCAGCUGAGGAACGUCUACGGCGUGACGGAGGCCACCGUCUACCAAACGGCCAUGCAGAUGACUUCGGAGACCCGGCCACAGACGGCCGGCUGGCCUUUACCCGGAGUACAGGUGAAGAUUGUAGGUUGGGAGGAGGCUGAAGAGGAAGAAGAAGCUGAGGAAGGCGAGAUCUGCCUGGGUGGUCCUGGCCUGGCCCGUGGCUAUCUUGGACUUCCAGCCUUGACGGAGGAGCGGUUUCGGAGGCUGCCUGGCGGAGGAGGUCGCUGCUAUCAUACCGGGGACUCUGGGCGAUGGCUUGCCUCCGUGGGCUCGCAUCCUUGCCUGGAGGUGCUCGGACGCCGGGACUCGCAAGUAAAGCUCAAUGGAGAGAGGAUCGAGCUGGGAGAAGUGGAGCAGCUGCUGGGCAUGAGCCCUGUAGUUACUCAGUGUGCCGCCAUGCCUUGGGGAGAUCAGGGCAACCUCUUGGCGUUCGUCGUCUUGGCCAAAGGCGAGGCGUUGGAUGGUUUGGCUUACUUGGCGCUCAUGGCCCACUGUGACAGCCACCUACCGCGGAUCAUGCGACCUAGGAGGCUGGUGGCCCUGGACACUCUGCCUGUCACACCGAACGGGAAGAUUGACCGGAGAGCUUUAAUUGCUCCCCAGCUCGCCACGGAAGUGGACAAAGACGUCGAACGAGAGCCUCUGUCGCCUCUGGAAGAAGCCAUCGCCGCGGCAUGGACCUCGGAGCUCUCACUGAAGAACCAUCUGGGUCCUGGGGCGGAUUUCUAUUUGCUUGGAGGAGGUAGUGUGCACGCAGUUCGUGUAACACGCCUCCUGCGUGCGGUGCUGCAUGGCGGUGGUGGUGGAAAGGCAAAGUGGGCUGAGGGCACCAGUGACUGGCGUAAUCCUGCUGGAGAUGCUUCUUUGUUCCUACCGCCCGAACGAGCCGGCGAUGCGGAGUGCCAUUUCGGUUUGUGCGACGGAGGCCCUUUCGCUCCCUGCGCUCUUCUCGAGCGACCUGUGCUCCGGAACUACGCAUCCUUCCUGGCGGAAGCCGGCGUUCGGGUUGGCAAAGACCCGACGACGGAGGCUGUGGACGCCGUGGACGCCGUGGAAUCGGACCCUGGAGCAAACUUGCCUCGAGCUCUGGAGACUGCCCUUCGAAGCGGCCGGGAGGUGCUGGCGCACGCCCUGCUGCUAGCCAAAGCCUCAGCGACUGGAGGGCUGGAGCGAAGGCAGCGGGGGACAUGCCCGCUGCACUGGGCAGCCCAACGCUGCAGCGGACGUGUGGUGGGAGCGCUUUUGGCAUUCAGAGCCCACGUGACGCAGGCCACAGAGGCAGGGGCAGUUCCUGCCCAAGUGGCCGCAGCCGCCGGGAACGCCAGUGCGCUGCGUGCGCUGUUGGAGAACGGGACUCCCGCCUGUGUGCGCGAUGCUUCAAAGCAGUCCCUGUUGCAUUAUGCAGCCCGCUCCGGGAGUGUGGAUGUCAUCCGCCUGGCCGUUCAGCACGGUGCUGAGGUGGACUGUCGCGACAAGCAGCUGCGGACAGCCCUCCACUGGGCGGCCCUCUCUGGUGAUGCGGCAGUGGUGGCAGCGCUGUUGGCAGCGGCCUGCGAUCCGCAGCCGCCGAAGGUUUCUGCCUCACUGCACGAGCGGCGAACGCGGCUCGCCCAGGAGUCGCCGCUGGAACUGGCAGUUUCCAGGCAUCCAGCGAACAACGAGUUGCAUUCUUUGCUGCGUGCUGCAGAGCAGGAGAAAAUGCGCGCGUCUCGUAGUGCCAAGCGGAUUCUCCGGGUUUUCAAGACGGAGCACUUCGCCUCGGCAGAUGCGGUGCUGCUGGAGCUCAAGGGCCAGCGUUGCUUUCGGGUGGCCGUGCUCCUUCCAGAGACGGAUGCGACCUCGGACGCUGCGGUGGUCUUGGAGGAGCGCGGCCCAGACCAAGGGACCUGGGUCCUCCAAAUCGAGCAGCUGCCACUUGGGUCGGUGCUGCAGAUCUUCGAAGCCUGCGCAGCCCCUCAGAGCUGCCAAGCCUUCAGCGCGGCCAGCGAGGCCGACGACGGGGCUUCUAGCGCUGCUGCCCUGCUGUUGGGUCGGGAGCUUCUGGCUUUGCAGCAGCAAGGACUGCAGCCACUGGCCGGAAGCACAGAGUUCUCGCAGCUUCGUGCCACUGAGCCGCUCCGGACAAAGCGAGAGUUCCAGAUCUUGCAGGGCCAGGAUUGGGCAGCCCGAUACUACCCCACAGCGCGCGGGGAGGGCGUGGAGGGCCCCGGAAAUGCCCACGGACGGAACUUUCGCGUCACCUCACUGCCUUCCGACUGCAUGCAGCUGGAGAUCCUGUGGGACCUGCUUGGGCGAAAGGUCACCUGGAAGUUUCUGAAUGCCGCCGAGCAGGAGAUACAAGCCGGCGAGAAGAAAGCCGCGGCAAAGAGGGGAGCCAAAGCACGCUCCGAACCGCGCAGCAAGGCCUCAAACAGGGGCCCGUACUUCCUCGUCGGCUCCUGGGACAACUGGAAAGGUUUUGCAGAGUUUCUACCUUUUGGCGACUCUUUCCGGACGAAGGUGAAGGUUGGUUUGGGCAUGAAGCGGGUGGAGUUCCAGGUCGUUGUGGCUCGGGACUGGAACCGGCGCUUCCAUCCCACCUCAUCAGGCCGUGUCAUAGCCCAGCGUUCUGAGUCUUCCGGCGGUGGAUGGAUAAUGAAUACUUAA